CCAGCCUUCCAUCUUCGCUGUCAGUUUUCGAUCCAAAACCUUCCAAAUUGCAAGUGCUGCCAAAUUCUCGUUUUUCUCCACCGGAACCAUCUUAGAAAAAAAAUGUGUCACUGUCCUACCCGUUGCUGUCAACCCCUUCGGGCCGUUCCUCCCUUCAGCCCUCAGUCGCUGCAGUGCUGCACCUGCACGUACGGACUUCCACGGAUUGCAAUCUACCGGCGCCAGUGGCCUCCGUGCCGUUCCCUGUUCCGCAAGUUCUUCCUCCGAGGGGACAUUCCCAUCUCACGGUACUACGGCCCCGGAGCGUCCCAACGCUUCAUCAAGUGGCACGUCCCGCCGGAACAGUUGGACUUCCAACGCUACCUGCCGCUGUUUUUCGAUGGACUGUGCGAAACGACCUUUCCCUAUCGGGAGUUUUCCCGAAAUGGCAUUCGGGACAUGAUUGCUGUGGCCAAGGAGCGGCAGCUGCUGUGCUGCCUGCCGAUGUUGAUCCUGCCGGCCAAACGGGCCCUGAAUACGAAAGAUCCGGACGUUAUAAUUGCCACUCUGAGGGCCCUCCAGCAGCUGGUGCAGGCGGGACCCUGGAUCGGUUCGGCCCUCGUCCCCUAUUACCGUCAACUCCUGCCCAUCCCCAAUCUUUUCCGCGCCUGCAACGUCAACAUCGGCGACCAGAUUGACUUCCAAGGCGGAAACCGGGUGGGUGACGUCAUCGACGAAACUCUUCGAAUGCUGGAACUACACGGCGGUCCCGAUGCCUACCUCAACAUCAAAUACAUGGUCCCCACGUACGAAAGCUGUGUCCUGAACAAAUAAGAGCCCCCAUAAGAAGCUUCACUGUGCGGCUAGCAAUAAAUGUUUCUCGCCGAAAGCGCAUCGAUCACGGGCGGAAAUCCGAGAAAUAUGUCACACCUCCGUCAAAGGCAGAGAUUUCGUGAUGAUUGUGAUGCAAAAUACAGGGAGGGGAGGGGGGAAUUGCAAUGUCAAAUCUGGAACCGUGCUGCAAUCGCAUCCAUCAUCGCCCGGAAUUGGAUGCUGCUGGCUGCUGCAUAAACCGAAAUUGGAAUUGAAUGGAAAACGGUAAAUCAUUCCGCCAGUUUCGACAAAAGGCACUGGAGAGAACUGAUUGGUGGUACGAAUGUCAGGAGCAGAUCUGAAGGUAUGUGAGCGAAGAGUGAGAUUUUUGCAUAUCUUUCUUUACGAGGCGUCAUGACAAUAUAUAUGUUCCAUGGCCAGUGUUUCCCAAACUAAAAUGCUUCCACGCGAGUCACUCAUAACCUUCCAAAUCUUUGGGUAAAUAAAUGUUCAGGUAAUUAUAUGUUGCUAGAAGUCAAACUCAUCACCACUAUUGAAGUAUUUCAGAAUUUUUCUGAGGAAACCUUCCGAGGCCCUAAAACCCUGUUGCUUUGUACAUAUGUGGCCUCCCACACGCAAAGCAGAAGUUACCUAAACCGAAUCCAACCAUCCGUCGGAAACCGAGGAGCAAUAACAUUCCAGGCUGGCUCGAUUUUCUGCUUAUCAUAGCACACAUUAUUUUUCCAGAUUUCCGCCGUUUUUCUGGGUCCGUGCUCUUUGCCGUCUAGUUCCUACUGCAGCAGUCGGUACACAUUCGGAACCGGGCUUCCCCCAUGGCACAGUGGGGGAAAAUGAGGCCCAAAAUGCGUCAAAUUCAAACUUUACGGUAACAUUUGAAUUUGAAGCGUUCGGUAUCAAGUUGAUUAAUCUAGCUUCUAGCUUCUAGCUUCUAUCUUCUAGCUACCAGCUUCUUUCUUCUAGCUUCUUGAUUCUAGCUUCUAGCUUCUCACUUCUAGCUUCUUG